CUACAGAUAGAAGGUUCCAGUGUUUUUCUUUGGAACUCACCAGACAGCAUCCAUACCCACUGAAAAUAUAGUGACCUACGUAGGGAACAAGGGCAGAUAUGGGAAAGGAGUGCGCAUUAGAGGUUUCACAGAGGGAAUGUGGGAGAUAGAGAACACUCCUAGAGUAUGCAGCAAACAGAAGGUGGGUGUUACCCCAGCUAAAAAAGAGCAAGCAGAGAAAAAGCCAGACCCGUCCAAGACAUCUGCACCGGUCACAAUGUCCACCUCCCUUAAACAGGCCCCAAUAAAGGCCCCUAAAACACAAGCGAAGGCUAUCAAGACGGUGGCAGUGACGGCCCCGGGAAACAAGGCUUUACCGGGAAACAGAAAAACAUCUGCCGACGGCCGACAGAGGAACGACACGCCGGCCAACACCAGAGCCGAGAAAAGGAAAAAGAUCGGAAUGUAUUCUUCCCGGGACGAGCCUGUCCUAGGGCAGAAGACAGCCCCGGCCAGUUCAGCUGUAAUCCCACCAGCCAGCAAGAAGACGAGAUUGACGGAGGAGAAAAGCUUGUCCACUCCAAAGAGCGAGAAGACCACAGAGAGAAAGAAACAGGAGGAGAGUAGAGGGAGGAAGAGGAAAAAGGAUGAUGAGGGAGAGAAGAUAACAGAAGAGAGAAAGAAACAGGAGAGAAGAGGGAGGAAGAGGAAAAAGGAUGAUGAGGGAGAGAAGAUAAAGGAAGUUGGUGUUGAAGAGGGAAAGAUUGAAGUCAGUAAGAUGAGGAAGGUGGAAAGUUUAGAAACAGACAAACAAGUAAUCCACAAGGAAGAGGUUAAGAAGGGGAACGAAGAGAGGAGGCUGGGGUAUUAGUGAAGGGGAACGAAGAGGAGGAGGCUGGGGUAGCAGUGAUGGGGAACGAAGAGGAGGCUGGGGUAGCAGUGAAGGGGACCGAAGAGGAGGAGGCUGGGGUAGCAGUGAAGGGGACCGAAGAGGAGGAGGCUGGGGUAGCAGUGAAGGGGACCGAAGAGGAGGAGGCUGGGGUAGCAGUGAAGGGGACCGAAGAGGAGGAGGCUGGGGUAGCAGUGAA